CACUUCAAGUAUGAAAAAAUUUAAUUAAUUUCCUUCACAGGUUCCUUCUCGUGAUUAUGUCUGAUAUUCCUCCAAACGAUUCGUUUAGUUCCCUGGUAUCGCUUACCAAUAGCGCUAGGCUUACUUCUGACUUGAAGGAGGAAACAAAUUUUGUACGGUCAAAAUCUCUUUCUGAUCUGAACAUCGAAUUUCCCAGUGAGAAACCAUCCAGAACAUUCAAUGGUUUAUUAAAAGCGCCCAGUUUCUCUGAACUUGUAGCUGUGCAAUUGCCUGAAAAUCCCUGCAUCCAUGAUAUUUACACCAUCAAUACUGGACCUGUUUAUCAGCAAUUGCCUUCCUUAGUUGAAAACGUUGAAAUGGCCAAAUCCAUAGCGAAAUCAAGCGAUGUUUCAUCCUGCAUAUGUGGUGAAAGUAGUGCAGGUUUUAGCUGUAAGACCUGUCGUAAAAUUAAUCCUCAGAAUAUCUUCGAAGAUAACGACUUAAAGUUUAAUAACUUUAUCUCUCAGAAACAGAAAGUAGAUGGUGCCAUCAACCAAACCUCGUUACUUAUUCCCGACCUAAGGAUGUUUACUGGAGAUGCAGGUAUUGAUCGCGAGUUCAUACAGAACAUAUCCACGUCUGACCAGCCAUGUUCGACCACGUUAACUUCUAACGAGAUUCCUAAAUCUCUGCUCGAAACUGUUAUACAUUUGAACGUGAGCUAUGAUCUUGGAUCGCCUGCUAAAAGCGAUAACAUUGAUUUCAUUUCAUGCGGAACUUCUGGGGCUUCCAAAUCUUUCGAAAGCCCGUCCUUCUAUGAGACCGAACCCUUAGAGGUCGCCGAAACGUCCAAUCUUGCACCAUCUCCUAUAACGGACCAAACUGAGAGUUCUAAAAGCGAACCCUGCGACCUUCUCGGUUACGAAGACUAUCUUUCACAAGAUUCACAUGAGGAACCAGUAAGACGUGCACCGUCCGAACAAGAGUUCGUAGAUGUGAAAAGGGAUGAUGAAAAUUAUGAAGACGAAGUGCCUGCCGAUGGCACCCAUGAAGCUGGAGUCGACAUUGAAGCUGUUGAUGAACGAAUCGAUGCUGCAGACGACUUCGAUUCAGAACACGCAGCAGAAUUGAGCGAAUCCUGGGUAGAUCUCACGAAAAGCAACCCACCGACUCCGCCACAUCCUCUUCAGAAGCAACAGGAUCCACCCAACCCACCUCCCUGCACCCACCUGGACAAUAGUGGUGCUACCUCUGGUGCUGUCACUAGUGCUGCAGCUAGUGACCUGCCACCACCGCUACCUCACGUCACUAGUAGUCCCUUCAUGGUGCCUCAAUCUCUGGACUCAUCGAUGUUGCUGCAGUCCUCGAGCGCUGUUCCAAUGACGAGCGCCAGCUGGGCCGAGCAGCACGACAGCGUCGGGCCGUUGGGAUUCGGCAACGGCGAAGAGUACCUGCGACUGCUGAAAGAGGCGCAGAGAGAAGGAAGCAACCAGAGCUCUGCCUUGGUCUCCCUCUCUUCCUCGAGACGAGACUCUCCUAGGGGAUCCCCGAAGUCGCCACCAAACUCGCCCAACACGGAGCUUACGGCGGACGGGAGGCUGGAGCAGCUGGGCACCGUAUACAUCAACUACUACAGUAAAGACAGCGACGCCUUCGUCAGGGUCGAGAAGAACACGGACACCGACUGGGUCUGGGACUGGAGCAGCAGACCUGACCAGCUACCACCCAAGGAAUGGCACUUCAGUCACCCUGGUAGCACAGCGAGCAGCAGCUGCAGUGGUGGCACCCCCGUCGGCAGUGGCACCGCCUCGGCAGCAGCUGGCACCUCACGCAAAACCAGACCUGCGAGCUGUGCCAGGCUGCCUGCCGUCGGGUGUAACCUGCGUCGUGGGGCGAGUCUUCGGCGCCUCAAAGUCGGCGAAUCAGCGCUGUUCUCGCGCGGCGUUCUCUACACGCUCUUCCUGACCAACGUUCUGUCCUUCUUGCUCGGAACUGGUAUAGGAGUGUGGCUGAGCAAGCGAACAGGAUCUCAGCUGACCGUCGCUACUCUGCCCUUCAACUGAACUGAGCUGAGACAGUCAGCGUUCAGUGCUGACUGUCCUUUGUAGCUGACUCUUCGUGCUGUCUGAUGUCAGACUUGAUAUCAGUUAAGAAUAGGACAAGCACUGGCUAAAGUCAGACUUGAUAGUCCUUUGUAGCUGACUCUUCGUGCUGUCUGAUGUCAGACUUGAAAUCAGUUAAGUAUAGGACAAGCGCUGGCUGAUGUCAGACUUGAUAGUCCUUUGUAGCUGACUCUUCGUGCUGUCUGAUGUCAGACUUGAAAUCAGUUAAGUAUAGGACAAGCGCUGGCUGAUGUCAGUCUUGAUAUAGGUCAAGUGUAGGGCAAUUGCAGGAGCGUGUUAGACUAUAUAAGUUCAUAUAAACGCUAUGAGAACGAACUCUGUGUGAUGUUUGACUUGAACACGCUCAUAAAAAUGAAUGGAUUAUAUUAUCUAAGUAGUGACACACUUUGUACAUGUAGCACGGAUACGCACUGUUCACGGCCCCAACCAUGUCAGUAUGACCCUCAGAAGUGCAAAAAGUGCAUCGCUAUUUGGAUCAUGUCUCACUCUCAUUUCUCGGAGUUUCACUUAUAAAUUUUAAGAGAACAAGCUCUGGAGGUGUUACACUUGGGUUUAUAUAAACACUAGGAAGAAAUGCGCUCGAUGAUGUCGAACAUGAUAGAUUCAUUUAAACGCUAGGAGAAAGUCGCUGUGGUUUUGGACUUAUAGGUUAAUGUUAAGGAUAACUCUCAGUACUGGGUAGUAGUGUCCGUAAAAGCGUAUACUUAUAUAGAAUUUUUGUCUUUCUAGAAAAUGUUUGGAAAAUUUAUUCGUGUAUAGGCUUAGGAAAUUUCACUAUCCACUUUUGCCUUUAUAAUAAUCAAUCUUGAGUGAUGAGUGUAAAGAAAAAUUUGUACGAAAAUUGGGAAAAGCAUAUAAUUUGUCGUGCCUGAAUGGCACCAUUAACUAACAUGCAAUGCUAUUACUUUCUUCUCUGGUAGAAAUAUGAUGGUAGCAAGUGGACUGCAACUUCUUCGUUACUUGUUUAAAUAUUCAAACUUCACUGGUAUUGUAACAAAAAGUCUCACACUGACGAUUAUGUUAUAAUUAUCUGCCAUAUCGACACAUAAUAGGUAAAUGGGCACCAACUCAGCCUUACUAGUAAACGUGGCAUCUGUAACUAGUCUAUCAAGGCUUCUUGCCCUCAUGUAUAAUGUCGAUGGUGAACUAUUUCAUUUAUAUAAUAGCUGUUCGUGGUAUUGAGUUGGGAAAUAGUUGAUCAAUUUGCAACCGUAGUUUACAUGUCUAGACUAUAAUGUGCUAUUACUCGUAUUUAUUGGACGACUAAGUUUAUUGAUGAAUACGGUUGAAUAAAAACGUCUAUAAUAUUUCUUCUCGUCUGAAGAACAUUCUGCUCUAGAAAUACUUUGAACUCUAAAGUAAUUUAUGAGAAUCCCAAAGUAAAAUGAUUAAAAAAAAAAAACUAUAUCUCUCUCUCGAUCGAGAUUGGAUUUGUAUUUUAUUUUUAUUAAUUGCCUUAAGUUCGGAUUAACAACUUAACGACAGACGUUCUUCAACUUCCAUGAAACAGCAAAAUUUUCACCCGCCUGUAGAAAUCCAUUUGAAAUUGAUAAAAACCGCGAUGAUAUGAGCAUUGCAUUAAUUUUGUUGUGCAUGAUUAAGGAAAGAAUUAUGUUAAUUCGUGUACAUAAUCUGUAAUUCUUCUGCAUGUAAUGACAACACUGAGCUGAAUCAUCCUAUUAUUGCUCUAAAUUUCGUUUAGUAAUCGUAUCUAAGUCGACCUAAGAAGCUGUUUUAUUCGAUUGUUUUAUUUUAAUACUUUAGUAUGUUUAUAUCUUUAUUUGUUUAUUUGCCAAGCAUUCGUUACUUCCUUGUAUCCUGGGUGUUGCGGUAAAUUAACGGAAAAAUUACGAAGUUAUUUUCAUUUGUUCAGCCAAUUUAGUGGAAAUUUAAACUCUUUACUACUAACAAGCCCUUGCAAAACAUUUUACUGAAUAAAGAAUUGAGAUUCGCAAUAGCUUUAGCAUCGUACUUGAUUUAAUAUUGAGAGAUGACCCAUAUGAAACUUAUGUCCAGUCCUGUGAGUCUAUUCAUUGACAUAAAUUAGCUACAUGUUCAGAAGUUUCUCCAUAAUCAGCACUCGUUUUAACAUAUUUUGUUAACUGUUACAUGCUUAUGUUUACAGUGUGAGCGGCUGGUAGUAGUACUGAGUUAGUAUGUACAGCAGAAGAAUGCAAUGUGGAGAGUUCGCUGUUCCAUUGAUCAUCAAGUGCGUUGUACGUCAAUACUUGCAUUAACUAUCCCCAUUUUCGUAUGCGUUCUGUAGUUCUCGUAGCGCUCAUCUUUUAAUUCAUGAUUAAUAACCGCAAUAUCUCGUGAGUUCCCCGAGCAUCAUUACCAACUAUUGGGUAUCCUAGUUUUUCUAACAUUAAUUGUUUACCUCUUUAUGCAGCCCACUCGAUCUGCUUAAUGUAAGGUUCGAAUAUUUGUAUUUCUUGUGAGCUUAAAAUCAUCUUAUUUUGAAGGAGAUAUUGGAGAACUACGGGUGAAAAAAUUGUUUCAAUACAUCGCCAGAGAUUUUGGUAUUACGAUCGCUGAUAUACUUCAAAUAAGCCAGAAUUGUCAUAUUUUCAAAUAUUUAGUUAUUGGUAAUGUAUUAUUUCUUUUGUCCUUACUGACCUCAUUCAUAUCGAUGUUGUAGUUGAAAUAAGUGAGAAAAUUCUGUAAACAGACCGUUUUUCUGAAUAAUGGCCCAGUUCAAUUUUUAAGUAUGAGAAUAUUCUAAUCUUAAUUUCCUAUCCUAAGAAAUUCACCAUUUAUUUGCAUGACGUUAUUGGCUUGAGCCCCACAGUUCUCUUUUACCUCCUUCAGCUAAUAUUAGUGUAAGGCGUGUUAUUGCACAAUGUACCAAAUCUUAGGAUUAAUUUUUUGUCCCUCAUCGGUGAUUGUAUUUUGUAUCUAUCCUAUCUUAUAAUAAAUAAAAACAAUUCUAC